AUGGGGCAACAAUACGACUUCGAGAUGGCAGGGCAGCAGGGCCAGCCGCUUAUUGGCAUCCUUGGUGCCAGUGUCAAUGUCCACGGCAUGUCCAUGGCUCAGGACCCGGCUGCCUACUUUGCCCAGCUGAUGACGAUAGGCAACGGCUCCAUACCCACGAUGCCCUCUCCAGCCGCCACGACAUCCGAUUCCUCGAGUCCUGCCCUGGCGAUAAUGGCCCCGGGGAACAGCAGCGGAGGCAUGAGUCAAGAGCAGGAGCAAUUGCUCCGUGAAAACAUCUUUCUGCAGCGACAGCUCCUCCUUCUUCAACAACAGCAGCAGCAACAGCAACAGCAACAGCAACAGCAACGGCUUCUCCCUGCCCAGUACCUUCAGCAGCAGCCAGCCCUGUCUCCCGUGUACCUGGAACAGUUCAAUGCCCAAAUAGCAGCAACAACGACAGCGACAAUAGCCGCAGAAACGGCAGGACUAUCGAUUGACAGGGCUAGCCAGGAUGGGAUUGGGCAGCCGUUGCAGCAUGACGGUCAGCUGCCACAAAGAACAGCCCCUUCCGUUGCCUGGCCCCACCACCAUCAAACCCAACAUACCCUCCAGCAGACAGCUGCCAACGGCACUGUCCAGGAUAGGAAUCAAAACGCCCCAGGGGCCGUCGUCACCAGGCUGGCCACACGUGUUGGUGCGACGAGGGAGGGUGGUGUUCUGGCCAAUGUCGAACAGCUUCGACUCGUAGAUCUCUCGACAGUGCAUCCGUCCUCUGAGGAUGUGUCGUGUGUGCCAAUCUCCGCAUCCAUCCCAUCUUCUGACAGCACGGCUACUAUAACUGGACCUCAAUCCCCUCUCUCGUCUGCCUCUCCGUCGCGGCCUCCUUCGCAUCAAUACUCACAACCCCAGCUUCAGUCUCAUCUUCGUCCUCAUCCCCAACUUCAGCUUCAUCUUCACCCAUCUGAGCUUCAGCUGCACCCUCCUGCUGACUCUCCCAUUUACGCUCACUCCGCCUCGUCCUGUUCGGAUCUACCCCUCCAGCAUCCCAAGCCUCACCAUCCGCAGCAACAGCAAGCUCUCUGUGCUCUUGCCUCCUCGUCUGUUCAGCCUGACAUUUCUGUCUCCUCCGGCUCCUCUGUCCUCUCACCUCACAAGACGGCUGUAAUGCCAUCUGCUGCGUCGUCUUCACCCUCCAAGAAGCUUGGCCGCCUCGAGAGCAUCUACGCUACAAUUCGCAAGGCCACCAACAUGCGCCGCUCGCGCGCCUUACUCGAGGAGGCUCACGCCCAGCCGAUCACAGUGGCACCUAUGGCCACGCUGCGCCACGCUGAUGGCAGCAACAUCAACGCUAUCACGCACAAGCACAAUCCUGAUCAUCUGGAUCACUCCAACCUUGCCGCCACUGUGGCGCCGUCGUCUAUGCCGACGCCGCCGCUGACAGGCACCGGUUCCAUGUCCUCUGUUUCAUCUUCACUCUCAUCACUGUCAUCGUCCUUUGCCGAGAGGGGUCCGUCUCCCCUGCAAAACAUGUACCUGCAGCAGGAACACAAGCCGCUCGAGGCUUCUUCAGAGGACUUUGCUUUUGUCUCAGGUCUCGUGGACGACCCCUUUGUGGACAACAAAGCUUAUCUUGCUGCACAGCAGCAAAUGAUGGCCGUGGGUCAAUAUGGAAAACCGCUGCCAGAUGUCAGCGCGCCAACUGCCAGCACCAGCGGCCUGCCACUCUCGCCCACCGCGUACCUGGCCGAUGCUACAGCGGCCAUGUCGGGCACAUCCGUCAUUGCUGCUGCACAUGCGGCACAUAUGGCCGCAGCCGCAAGGUGUGAUGCAGCGAUCGCUCGAGCUCAAGCUGCACCCUCAUCCGAGAUGGACAUGGACGAGGACUGGUGGCAUCAGUCCGUGGUAGAAUCAGCCGUCGACAAUAAAUCCUCGCUAUCAGCAGUUGACAGCGGUGAUGCUGCUGGGGAUCCGAACAGCAACACUGGACUAAAUACGGCGAUCCACAUGCAGCAGCUGCAGCAGUAUGAUUACCAGCAGCAGGGUGACAGCUACGGCGACGUUAACAUGGCCAUGGGUGGGCUGAUGAUCAUGCAACCAAGCCACCAGCAGAGUCACCAGCAGAGCCAGAUCCAGAACCAGCAUUACUUCCCAGCGGCAGCCAUUGAGAUGCAUCGGUUAAUGCAUGGCGGCUAUGACGUUGCUGUCGUGCCGCCACCGCCGCCGAUGCCAUCCGACCGUGAAAGCCGAUACGACCGCCACCGCCGUCCGAAGCCGCGAGCACCAUCGGCUGGUGCCCGUCACCACGGAGGCGGCAGUUUGUCGCCGCGGAAGCGACGGUCGUCCCACGAGGACAGCGGCCACAUCUCCAGCGGCAGCGGCAGUGGCAGCGUUCCCAGCACGCCCCGAACAGAGCGUCGGACACACUCCAUGAACGCGCUCUCAAGAGCGUCGCCAUCACCGGCCGUAGCAGCGGCGACCCCGUCGUCAACGGCUGUGCGCAAGCGCCGCUCGGUGAGCAACAUGCGCCGGAUAUCGUCAGGAAGCUCGGUAGGCGCAGAGCCACGGACACCGUUGGGCGCCCGGAGACGACAAGCACCGUCGGUAGAGGCACAACGGCCCGCCAGCCCUUCGGAAGGCGAGAUCGGCUUUGUCAAUUUAUCGAUCGAAGACCACGACAAGAUCAUGGCGAGUGUAGCGCCCAGUGGGUCGUCCAAGACCAAGGCACGACGCGAACGGGAACAGUUUGAGCGGGAAUGCCUGCUUGUGCAGCAGGCCGAAGAGCUGGCACGGCUGGUAAAAUAUGAAAGCGGAAGGGCGUGA